CAGGGCGCUGUGCGGCGCGGGCCGGUUUCUCCAGCGCUUGGCGCCCCCCGGCGGCAGCGGGGCUUCAAUGCCACGGCCUGACUGGAGCGUCCGCCAUGGAGUCGCAGAAAGAGGCGCGAACACCGCAGGAGCCAGUCGAGCGGCCGCCUGGGCCCUCAAGGUCUCAUACCGCGAAGGACAAGGAGCGGCAGGAGGGCGGCGCAGUGCCGGCGGCGGCUUCCCUGGGCGCGGAGGGGGACGACACAAGUGCGGACGGGCUGUGGGAGCUGCCGGUGGAGCCGGCCGAGCGGAGGCCCGAGUGCAGCCGCUGCAGCCGACCUCAGAAAGUGUGUUUGUGUCCAUUUCUCCCAGCGCACCCUCUGCCUAUCUCUACCCACUUGUAUAUAAUUCAGCAUCCAGCAGAGGAAAACAAAGUAUUGCGGACAGUUCCUCUACUAGCAGCGUGCCUCCCCCAGGACAAGUGCAAAGUAAAGAUCGGUCGCCGCUUCAGUGAAGAAAGAGAUCCUGAACUUUCAACUGUUUGCCGGAAGUCUGGUACAUUAAUAUUAUAUCCAGGGGCUGAAGCUGCUAAUUUGGAAGAAUUUAUAUUAGAUUCUCCUGUUUAUCCUUCUACAAUCAUCAUCAUUGAUGGUACAUGGAGCCAGGCUAAGGACAUUUUCUAUAAGAAUUCCUUAUUUCGACACCCCAAACAGGUGCAAUUAGAAACUAGCAUUUCUAGUCAGUAUGUAAUUCGGAUGCAGCCAACUAAUAGAUGCCUUUCUACACUGGAGUGUGCAGCUGUUGCUCUUUCCAUCCUGGAGAAAAAUAAUUAUAUACAAGAGACUUUGCUUCGCCCUCUACAAGCUUUAUGCUCUUUCCAGCUUCAGCAUGGUGCCCAAAUUCGCCUCAGCAAGGAACACCUUCUGAAAAAUGGAUUAUAUCCUAAACCAAUGCCAAAGAACAAACGCAAACUCAGGAAAAUGGAACUGUUAAUGAAUAGUGUUAAAAUUUAGUACAGUUGUUCAUUUGGUGCUAGCUUACCUGUCUUCAUCUAGCAAUACCAAGUUAAGUUUUCAUAUAGUGUAGGUCUGUAGGUUUUUUUACUUGGUAGAGAAGAAUGAGAAUUGCAUACUAAUCUUGCCCAGAAGAAGGAAGUAAACCAGAUAUUCAUAAAAACAAACACACAAAAAUUCAGUGGCUUACCGAAAAGCUAGAUUUCACACUGUACUUGUUUUUUAAACUGUACCUUUAAUACAUGUUUUCAAACCCGAAUUUGAAAUGUGAUUUGUUGUUGAGCUGGGUUAGAAGUUCUUGCUUGUAAAAUAGAAGGAAAUUGUUGUGUUGGAUUGGAACAGUACUGUUUCCAUUAAUGUUUAUAAAUAAUUAGGUGUAGACCAAUAGUAUAUCUAUAUCAAUUUGCAGUCCUAGCAUUAUAGUUUGAAAUAAGUAGCAAAGGAAAAUUACAAUAAUGAAGUAAUUUAUUAUUUUGUGAAAUAGUAUAAAGGAAUAAGGAAACUUUAAGUAUUGUUUAGAGGCUAAAUUUAAACUCUGCUAAUAUGAUUUAAGUGUUCUGUUAAUUGCCCUGAUUUUUAGGGAGGUACAUGUAAUUUUGAAAUAGCAAACAUUUCAUUUGCAAUCACUCUGGAUAAAUUAUUUUUUCACUGUUCAUUGAACAGGCUUAUUGACUAUAGUAAACUUAUUUUAUUGACUUUUUCAUAUGGAAAAUAAUAACUGGAAUGUGAUAAAGCUUAUUUUCAGAACGUAUUUCUCUAAGUAGGGCUAUUUAAAAUAACCUUUUUAAUGAGAACAAACUUUCAAUUUGAGAGAACAAAUUCCUCCUGCUCUUUGGGAAAAUGUUUACUGAGAUUUUGUAUAGAAUAAGAGACAUAUAUGUAACAUAUAUUUAUGUUCAGUAUAUAUUCAGCAUAAGUCUGCUGCAAUUAUGUACACAUCUUGGCAAUAAUAGGGGAUUUUGUUUAGUCUUUGUUUAUGACUUCUAGAGUUUCCUGUAUCUAGUGUUAAGUUGUAAGGAAAAGCUAAACAUGCGAUUUCAAGGUAAGCUUGAUAACUAUGGAACAUGAGCAUACACCAAUGAUUAUUUCUCACAGUCUUCAUGCUCAUUUGCUUAUUAUUUACUUGGAUUAGACUCAUUAAAACCUAUAAUGCUAGUCACAAUUAGAAUGCUGAUAUUUGGGGAAACUAUGCAGAAAAUAUUUUAAAAUGUUGAAAGUUAGAGUACUACUUUUGUUGUUGAUUUAUUUCUGGAUUUAAAAACAAUUAGGGCUGGCCCAGUAGCUCAGACCUGUAAUCCCAGCACUUUGGGAGGCUGAGAUGUGAGAAUUGCUUGAGCCCAGGAGUUUGAGACCAGGCUAGGCAAUAUGGUAAAAUCCUGUCUCUACACAAAUUUUAUAUAUAUAUAUAAAUAAUUAGCCAGACAUGGAGCUAUGCUCUUGUAGUCUCAGCUUCUUGGAAGGCUGAGGUGGGAGGAUCACUUGAACCCCGAAGGUCGAGGCUACAAGAGUUAUGUUCAUUCCACUGCACUGCAGCCUUGCUACAGAGUGAGACCUGUCUCAAAAAAUAAACAAACAAAACUAGCUCAUUGACAAUGUAAAACACCUAAUAUCAAAUGAUUAUUUGGUUUACUAGAAAAGAAACAGCAUAUAAUAAUAAUGUAUAAUAGUUUCUUAACAAGUAGGGCUAAAAUCAUUUUAUAGUAAUUUUUCACAUUGAUAUUAAACUUCAUGAGUUUCCUUUA